CGGCUUUCGCUUUCAUUUUCGUGUCGGCGGCGGGCGCGGCCGCGGGUCCGGCAGCCGCUGUGGGCCCGGGCCGGCCCCCUGCAUGGGGCAGCGGCCCCGGGCUGCGCCGAACGCGGGGCGGCCGCUGAGGCGCCGCGGAGCCCCGCAGCUGCGGGAGCCUGCCCGGCGGACCAUGCGCCUGGUUUUUGCCGUUGUGCUCGUCAUGCAGCUGGACUGUGUGGAAGCCUUAGAAUGUGGGCUGGGAGAAUAUCCCAUAGGUGCAGAGUGCUGCCUCAUGUGUGCUGCUGGACUUCGGGUUUUCAAGCACUGCACUGCAAAUUCCAGCACCAUGUGCGUACCUUGUGUUGAGGAUACAUACACAGAUCAUCCCAAUGGUUUAGAACACUGCAGGAAAUGUAAACUGUGUGAUAAAGGAGCCAACCUAGUGCCAGAAGUAGCAUGUACCUAUACGAAGAAUACUGUGUGUGGCUGUCCGCCUGAGUAUUUCUGCAGUUAUUUGGGGAGUGAAGACUGUGAACUUUGUCAGCGCUACACUGUCUGCUUUCCUGGCAGUAUGGUAAAAGAAAGGGGCACAAAGACCACUGACAAUGUGUGUGAAGCCUGUCCUCCUGGAACCUCCUCAACAGCCAACAUGUCUCACAGUUGUAUACCAUGGUCCAAACUUAAGAAGAACGGCUGGGUACAAGGAGAGAACGGGAAUUCUUCCUCAGCUUCCUCCGUUACAGUAAUUGUUUGUUCUGUUGUCGUUGCCGUGCUAGUUAUUGCAGUUGGUCUUACAUCUAUCUGGAAAUGGAGGAAAAGGAAAAAUUAUGUGCCACCGGUGCAGGAAUCAAGGAGUGAACAGCAGAGUCAGGCUUUGAUACUAACCGUGGAGCAUACGGAUCAAACAACUGUUCCUGUGCAGGAAACUGGUGCUGGGCCUGAAGAAACCAGUAUUGAAUAGCCGUUUUUAUUUGAACUAUUGUAAACAAUGGAUAUCCGCUCCUAAAACCAACCACAAAAAAAAACCCCAAACCCAAACCACCCUAACAAACAAAACCCAACAUUUUUUCCAAGUAUUCACGGAGAAGACAGCUUGAAAGUGAAAAGGAGGAUCUGCAAAGGAGGAUCUUCUGAAGCAUCAAAGUUUGAAAAUAGCUGAGUCAUCGAGGUGUUGGUCAGUAUCGUCAAAGGCUGCAAAGCUCUUACCUUUUACAUUCCCACUUCAUGGAGUGGUGGCCUGUAUGGUAUGCCUGGAGUUUCUUUCUUAGCAGCUUGGACAGUUAUCACUUGGUAUGCAUGUCAUUCUUCCAAGAUAUAUUUGUUGGUGGAAAGAAACAGCUUUGUUUCAUUUUAAAAAUGAAUUUAAAAAUUCCGCAUAACUAAUAUAUAACACAUUUUCUAAAUGCAUUUUGUACAGAUUUUUCCUUUUUAUAAGUAAAGAAAAUAAUGAAGGGAAGGGAAUCUUGUGCAGCAAGAAACAUGUAGCAUUUAGUGAAUGACACACACACACGUCUUUUGCUCUGCUCUAAUCUCUGAUCAUGUGUUACAACAAAGAAAGUUCUGGUCCUACAGGGACAUUAUGUCUAGAAAUAAAAUAAUGAAAAUACA